AUGAGGGCUUUGGUAAUUCUCGGGUUAGUGGCCCUAGUGGCCGCUGUCUCAGCGAGAGACAUGCGGGAGAAGAGAUCUGCCGAUCUCGAAGCGGCGGCUUCCGGCCACGGCUGGGACAAGGGUGGCGGCCAUGAACACCAUGAACAUCACCACCAUGAUCACGGAGACAAAGGACAUAAAGGACACAAGGGCCAUCACGAUGACUACCACGGCAAGAAGGGCCACCAUCACCACGAGGGUCACAAAGGCCACCACGGUGAACACGGAGGACACAAGAAACAUCACCACCAUGACGAAGGCUACCAUCAUCACCACGGACACGGUGAGAAGGGGGAACACGGUCACGGUCACGAUGAGCACGGUCAUUGGCACAAGGGUCACGACACAAAGGGACACCACGGUGUCGAGAAGCACGACGAGUUCAAGAAGGACAAGCACUUCCAUCAUCAUCACGGAGAAAAGGGUCAUCAUGAGCAUUACGGCGGUCAUCACGACGAAGGCGGUUACAAGAAGGGUGGUCAUUUCCACAAGGGACACAAGCACGGCGGUCACCACGAGCACCACCACGGUAAGAAGGGACACCAUGAGAAGGGCGGGCAUCAUCACGACCACAAGGGUCACCACGGAGAAGGUGGCCACCACGAACACUGGCACCACCACCAUGACCACGACAAGAAAGGAGGCCACGAGGACCACAAGCACUGGGGACACAAGAAAGGUCACUAA